UUGACGCUAGUGAUAGAUUUUCUUACAAUUUUUACAUAGACAUUUGUAAAAUUGCCGUUUUCUUGAUGUUUAAACCCCUUUGGUUUAAUAAAACUGCACUCCUACAAAUGCGUCUUAUUAAAGUUAAUAUUUAAACCGGUGUAAGCUCAACAAGCGAUCCUUUUAUUACGUCUUUUAUCGUUUUACAUGUGCGUGAAAGAAAUGUCAGUAAAGAAGAUUAUGAGAUACGCAAAUUUUUAAUUGUUAUGACAAUGUGAUUAUAGAAAAGGGUGUAUUCGGUCGUGUGUAUCAAGUUUGUAUGAGUGGCUUUGGGAACGACCAAUCCGUUGUAAUGCUACACACAUGCGGAGAGUUGGUUUAAGCUAGGUUUUGACAGCCGGCUGGCUCGUCUGAAUUCAAUUCGAUAUUGGCUUCCCAUAAAGAUGAACAGUCGCAGUAGUGUUAAUGAAACAAAUUUGGUGAAUUUCUCGGCUGAUCUGUCAACGCUCAAUCAACUGGAUUCAAAGGACGGCUUGCUGAGUUUUCCGUUCGAUCACAUUUACGCUUGCCAUUCUGAUGAACCUGAUAGACGACCAGCAUUGCAACUGGACAAGGAAGUAGAGGUGUCGACGCACUGUGUCGUGGGUGAAGAGAAGACUCUGACGACCCCCACAGAGAUCCACAAGCUACAAGACCAAUUGAGUGCAUUUGAAAACCAAAACAAGAGGUUGAAAGACCUACUAAUAUACCACUUGGAUCUGAUACAACAGCAGAACGAAUUGAUUUCCAAGAGAGACAAACUGUAUCAGACAUUAAAACAGGAAAAUGAUACACUCAGGGCAAAACUGAUGAGGGCAGAACGCCGUGUGGCAAUCAGCCCAAGGACACAGGCCCUUAAUGCGGCCUAUCAUGCGUCAAAGCAGCUGCCGACAUCCACAGUGACGUCUGGUUCCAUGAAGAACCAGCCAACCACAUCUGAGAUUGUACUGAACAGCUUCUCAGAGCUGCUACUCCCGAGCAACGGGUCGAUGGUGGUGGACCAGACACCGAUCAAAGAGACGUUUGGCAUUGCUCGCUUGCAUGCGACCCCAGAGCAAAUAGCCGCGUACACACAAGACCCGGACCGUGACGUGAAGAAAGUGCUAAAGGCAUCGCUAGUGCCACCAGAGAAGAUGAUUGACAAGAAGCGAUCGUUGAUCAAGAAGGAGGUCCGCAAGGAGAUCUUGGAGGAAUCGGCUCGUACCGGCGCGCUGGGUACUAAGUCGGCGAAUAGCCGCAAGCCGAUCCUAGAGCGGCUCCAAGCCAAACGGCGGGCCACAAGCACUGCCAGUGCUAGCGCGAAAGUCAGCCGGGCGAAGGUGAUGAAACCGGUGGAAACGCCAGCCCCACCGCCGGAACUGCCGGAACCGUCGGAACCGAUGGAUAUGUCACAAAUGCCGGAUCUGUCCGAACUGUCGGAACUGCCGGAUCUGACGGAAGAACCGCAAUCCCCUACCGAAGACUCCCAACGGUUCACCGUUAAUCGGAAAUCGAAAAUGAUUAACACUUACGGCAAGUUGAAGAUACCAAAGCGUAAUGCGAAAUUCACUGGCUCUUUAUCUGAUAGGCUACAAUUAAUCGAUACUACCCCGACAGGCGAAGAUCCGUACCAAUUAGGCGAGGCUGAGAUGAGAGAACAGUCGCCAAUACAAAAACUGAUGUUGAAGCCAAACAACAAGCGGAAGUCUACAAAACUGUACGCCAUGGUGGACAAGAAGAAGAGUCGCUACUUAUUCAAAGACCCCUCGAAGAUCAUCAUGAAAGCGUCCGACUUGGAGAUGGUGAAAACUGAGCCGGAUAUCGAUUGGCGGAUAUACAACAAGAAUCACGACAAUUUUGCGUUCUUCAACGACGGCGAGAAUCUGUCCUCGUCGCUGCCUUCCUUGGACGCGAACGAGUUCCAAGAGCUAUUCAACUCAGAUGUCAAUCUGGACAAUCUAGCUAACCUAGACAAUAUAAACACGCUGGAUUAUACACCAGCACUGCCCGAUAAGUCAAAGAAAAGGGCAGGUAGAACGACUAGCUUGAUGGACCUGGCCGAGGAGGACGAAGAAACAACAAAAAGGGGAGGUCAAAGCAAUCGUGGUAGGAAACGUGCAUUUUCUGCCACUGGGCUAAUAAAGCAGACGAAAACACAGGCAAAACCUAGGGGCUCUAAAGCGGUGCUCCGGGCCAAGAUAGUACAGGCGCCGCCGCCCGGCAUCACCACAAACAAGCCGUACGACACGGUGAUCGCCGACCCGGAUAUGACUUGGUACUUUGGGCUCGACCCGGACGUCAAGCUCGAGGACAUUGAUCACUUGGCUGGGUGCCCGGUGGACACGGUUGAGGUACCGCAAUGGCGCGAAAAGAUCUUCCCAAGCUCGUACACACUAGAGGGCACAGAGAACAUGAACGAGAAGGUGUUCGAGAAGCGUCACUCUAAACUGGAGGCCGAGGAGCGCAGGCAGCUGAGAUGGCACAUGCGCCGGAUAAGGGAACAGCGUCACAUGGAACGGUUAAGGCAACGGCACAGGGACGCGUGGUCCAGCUCGCCCGUGACCGCGCCCUCCGUGUACACGGUGUGGCCUCGCCCGCAGAGGGACAUGAGCGAACUGCAGAUCGCUAAACACCUGCCCGUUGGCUCCUUUGGGGAGGACGUCCCGGACUUGCCGAGCGCCCCCUUCAAGUUGCCGUGGGUGCGAACGUCUAAAGCACUAAAACGCUCCAAAAGAUCUAAAACCCUGCAUUAACCGUGAGAAAGAAUACUGUCAAGACAUCACAAGACACGGGACCGUGUUCGCUUCGCCUUAAGAAUGGAAAAUAGAAGAAAAGUGGUUUUAUGAUGCGGGUAGAUUUCAAAAACAGUGCGAUCAAACUACCUUCAUUUGGCCAAGUGUGGAGAUUUGAUGACUCAUUAUGUGCAGUUUAAGUUCUUGUGAAUAAAUAAGUGAAAAAUGACUAAUAUUACGAAUUUACUCCGACCAUGACAGUCUAAGUGUAAAAAGUGACAAACUAUUAAGAAUAUUACAUCAAAAUAUUAAGUCACAAAGCAAAUUAUGUAAAUGCUCAGAACAUAAUACAUGAAGGUAGUUCAAAAAUUUUAGGCGACAUCUACGUUGAGAUUGUCUAACUUAUUGUUAGGGGUUGUUUCUGUAGGCGACACCCGUUUGUAGUAACUUAACCAGUCUUCCUUAAUAAGUGUGUAUUUCUCGAUGUUGAAUUACUCGAUACACUUUAGGUAGUUGUUGUGUAGUUUCAGAUUGAAUUGAUUUAAUAUUAUUAUUAAAAAACAGACUAGUCGAUACGAACGUCAGUCAAUUUCUUCAUAUAAAGGAAACAUGACAACACAAAAGACAUAAUGAUCAAGUUAGUUUAAAACAAUGAAAACAACACACUUUAAAUAAUGACUGUAGAAACAACAUUAUGCAUAGACAAAUGAACCAUAGGCUAAUGAAAUAUUAAGGCACAUUCUACACAUAUUUUAGCCAAAUAUUAACACUUUUACGAAAAAAAACCCAUAAUAUUUAAUGCUAAAUUAUGUGAAAGAAUAGGUUUAUCAAAUAAAUAAUGAAAUAAACCAAUGCAUUUAAAUAAUGAACUGGCAACUCUAGUCUUUUAAGGGACGUUGAGAGUAACAGUUUAUUAGGAUAUAAUUAUUUUACUUAACACAUAUUAAGUAAUGUUAUCUUAACUUUAAGCACCUGAGAGUUAAAUAUCAUUGGAUUAUGAUUUGCAAAUAUACCAAGAGUUUUUUUUAUUCACAUCUUCAUAGCCUGCAUGUUUUUUUGUGAUGUAAUUUUUUGUUUAUAUGUUCUGUCUCUGUAUGAUUUGGUUUUAAAAUGUUAUAAGAAGAUAUUUUUCGCUCAUAAAGAUGCGUCUACACAGUACACACCACAAAUGUUAUAAACGAACAUUCAUUUUUGGUAUAUAAAAAACAUUCAAAUGUGAACUUAUUUUUCGUGUGGACUCAUAUUUACUUGUUAAUAUGAUAAAUAUAAUGUUUUGGGCAUGUAUAUCGAUAGAUUGUAGUCGUAUAUAACAAGUUUAAACUUCGUAAUUUAAAGUUUAUUAUUGUAAAUGGUACAUAUUUAAAUUCUCCUAUCUCUGUAAAUAAUGUACUGUAUUGUGAGUUUAAGUUACAUUAUAUGUUGAGGCGUAAUUUACUAUUUUUUAUAUGUUGUUUUUUUUAUAUAUAAUUUGCACGUAACAUUAUGUAAAGUUGAUCUAGAUUUUGGGGCAUUAAAAACCCCGGUAUGUAAAUUUUUAAUAGAUCGCAGAGCGAAAGAAUUUAACUUCGUGGAAAGACUAAGUAUACACUUUGGACGACAGAAUAAUUUAUUACCCAUGAGAUCUAAUUUAAUGAGGUUUUUAAUAUUAAUUUAUAAUCCGAUACUUAAACUGUUACAUUACUAUUUGUAGGUAUUCGUAGAAAUUUUAGAUUAAAUACAGUUCAAAUAUUAGUCUUAGAUGGUAUAUAUUCCUUUAAGUGAAGGUACAUAUUUCUUAAUCAUAUAUGUAUAUCUUGUUUAAAACUUUGCCUUUUAAAUCCUUUAAAAGGUCAUGCUGCAUGAUAAUAUAAUCCUGUAAAAUAUUGGUGAGAAACCGAUGCGCGUGCAUGCCAAAACGCUUCAAUUCAAACCUAAUGGGCCCUCUGAACAAUGGGCAGCGUUGGCCCAACAAAUGUUCGUCAAUGUUUGCCACCAUUAUGGUUAUCACUACAUAGUAUAAACAAAGUCGCUAUUUACGUCCCUAUGUCCCUUUGUAUGCUUAAAUCUUUAAAACUACGCAAUGGAUUUUGAUGCGCG